CUUCUCUUCACAAGCCUCGUUUUUGACAUUUUCUUCAACAACCAUGAAAAGAGCUUGUGACAAUGGAGUAUCCACAAUGAGCUUGGACAUGGCAAAUUGCCUAAUGUUUCUCUCGUGCGAUGUCAACACCAUGCCGAGGAGAACCGAUUGUCAUGCCGGUGCCUUCGAGUGCAAGACUUGCAAACGCCAGUUCCAUUCGUUCCAAGCAUUGGGAGGCCACCGGACGAGCCACAAGAGGCAGAGGUUGUCAGAAUCGAAGGUGGAGGGCUGCACGAAGCUAAGGUUGGGCUCGACUGUGAAGCCCAAGAUGCACGAGUGCUCAAUUUGCGGGCUUAAACUUACGAAUGGCCAGGCCUUGGGAGGUCACAUGCGGAAACACAGAGCAAACAUUUUGAGCAAGGUCGCGAUGAACGCGAACUCGGUAAUUCCAGUUUUCAGGAGGUCCAACAGUAAUAAUAGGAGAGUUAUGAGUCUUGACUUGAACUUGAGUCCUCUUGAGAAUGACUUGAAGAUCUUGCUCGGCCAGCUAGCACCGAGGAUAUUGAUCCACUGAUGAGUGAAUUCUUGUUGGUGCUCUUGAUCUGACUUUAUUUCUUUCUUAUUCGGGU